AAUCAUGGAGGUGAUAUUGGCAACAGAAGGAAUUCUGUCGGGGAAGUGCUAAUCAACCCUAGGACAGUGCAAAACAUGAGGUUGAGAUGGUCUUUUUUCGCCGGUAGAGACAUAUCAGCGACGCCUGCAGUGGCUGAUGGAAGGGUUUAUUUUCCGUCAUGGAACGGAAAUGUGUAUGCUGUGGAUGCAUUCACUGGUCGUUUAAUAUGGCAGCAGAAUCUUGGUAAGUUAACUGGACUCAAUGGAACAGGAGUCGUUUCGAAUGUGAAUGCCACAGUUUCAAGAGCAACCCCAUCAAUAGCUGGAAACCUAUUGAUCGUCGGAAUUUAUGGACCUGCUGUUGUGAUUGCCCUGGAUCGAUCCAAUGGAAGGCUUGUGUGGUCAACUGAACUUGAUCCACGUCCAAGAGUCCUCAUCACCAUGUCUGGAACCGUACACUUAGGUGCAUUUUAUGUUGGUGUGUCGUCUUUGCAAGAAGCGUUACCAGCAGCACAAUGUUGUAAUUUCCGAGGAAGCCUAGCGAAGCUCAGCCUUACAACCGGGUCGGUCUUAUGGCGGACUUAUAUGCUACCGGACAAUGGCGGUAGCUUGGGAGGUUACUCGGGAGCUGCCAUAUGGGGAAGCAGCCCGGCUAUCGAUAUAUCCAGAAGACACGUAUAUGUGGCUACUGGGAACCUCUACACAGCUCCACCUGAGGUGACUGAAUGCCAAGAGAGGCAGAAUAACCAAACAGGAAAACCUACCCAGCCUGAUCAGUGCUUUGGUCCAGAUAUCAACUUUAAUUCGAUUCUGGCUUUGGACCUUGAUUCCGGGAGGAUUGUAUGGUCUAGGCAACUGGGUGGAUAUGAUAUUUUCUAUUUUGCUUGUUUGGUACCGAACAACCCUGACUGCCCGCCGGGACCUAACGUGGACGCCGACUUUGGAGAGGCGCCCAUGCUGCUCACCAUACGCCCUAACGGAACAAGACGCGCGCUGGAUGUCGUGGUGGCAGUACAGAAAAGCGGGUUUGCGUGGGCACUAAACCGUGACGAUGGAAGUAUAGUCUGGCUUAAGUUGGCCGGACCGGGUGGCAAUGAGGGAGGAGGGAUAUGGGGUGCAGCCACAGAUGGUAGAAGGGUAUACACAAACAUUGCCAACGGCGACCGACAGAACUUCACUCUCGCACCUUCAACCCAGACGACAACAGCCGGAGUAUGGGUGGCUCUUGAUGCAGAUACAGGGAAUAUCUUGUGGACAACUGCAAACCCUAGCAACGAUACUUCCCAGGCACCUGUGACAGUCGCUAAUGGUGUUGUUUUUGCUGGGUCUGUAGCUUCCAACGGUCCCGUAUAUGGCAUGGAUGCGAGCACUGGAAAAAUUUUGUGGACGUAUAACACUGGUGCUACGAUAUAUGGGGGUAUUUCGGCAAGCUACGGGUGUAUUUACUUCGGAAGUGGGUACUCAGUUGGCCUGGCCACGUUUCACCCUUCUUGGACGGCUGGGACUACAUUGUUCGCUUUCUGCGUUGUAUGAGGGAAACCUCUUUCUGAAGACAUCGUAGGAAUCGGAACAGUUUACUGUGCUUCAGAUCGAGGCUUGAGUCAAGGUGCAAAAUAUUGCACUUCAACAUCUGAGAAAAAAGUUAAAUAACAGUAAUAAAAAUAACUGCAAAAGCGAUGGACUUUUUAGUAACUAAGACUGUAAACAUCGUAACUGCGAAUUUGGUAGCAAAGUAUCCAUUUCCAGUAAAAAAACCCAAGUAUUAACAAGCAAAGGAGAAUCCCAGACUCGAACUCUUGUCUCUCGCAUUUUUACAUAAUUCGAUGAUCAGACAGAAUAUCACAAACAUCUCAAGCCCGAAACAAAGUAUCCAAACCGUAAAAUAACCCCUAUUGGUAAGUAAGAGAACAAACUUAAUCGACAAGCACAACACUGAUUACUCAACACAUCGAUCUUGAAUUCAACCUAUAACUAAGUCACAGCAACAACAAAACCUGAAACUGCAAAUGGGUUGGUGUUUUUCUCUUUACCUGACCUUGAUACAUUUCCAUGGAACAAUACCUCGCCCGAAAUCACCUCCUCCACUCUGGUUGGAUUGCCUUAUC